GCGACGCUCUGUCAAAAGGUAGUAACAAAAAUCGUCAUAUCCGGUGCGCGGCUUGAAAACAUGAACAAAACAUGAAUGGAAAGUGAAAAGGGAAUUGUCGAAGCUGAAAAGGCUCAGUUUUGAAGAAAUCAUGCCGAUUUGUGAGAUCUGCAGCGAGGACCUCGCAUCUGAAGCAGAUAUGAAGACACAUCUUCUACUCAGUCACUUGGAAAAUGUAAUGCACUGUCCUUUCUGUUCACUGUCCGGCGUAUCAUACGAUGAGCUCAGUUUUCACAUCAACACUGCUCAUAAAGAGACGAUCAACACGCCCUCAGUAAAGGCCAGCGUGGCCCACUGUGGUCCAGCUUUGACUGAAGACCGAGAAACGCCUCGGACUGUGACUAGGAAAGAGAGACAUUGGGCAGAAAGUCGGCCUCCUGGAACCUCAUCCAGUUGUCACACGCCUGUGCCAGUUGCAGAGAACAGCACGGACGCCGCAGUGGCAUCUGUGUGUGGUACAAACAGUGGCACACACAGACCUGAGGAUCGCACACACUCUAAGAACUCCAAGGACCGGCAAGAAAGUUUAGAAGCGCAUGGUGCCAUUAAACAGAAGCGUCUGUCUUCUCCUCGAAAAGAGAAGCUGUAUCCUUGUCCAAUGUGCUCCCUCGUGUGCCAAGACUGCUUCAUUUUACAGGAACACGUGGAGUUGCACCUGCAAGAGUCGGCCAUGGAUGAAGGGGCAACAACAGCUGGAGAAGAAGCUUCAGGUUCUUCUACUACACCUACUACCUGUAACACUAACACCUCAGGGCUGAAGCAGUACGAGUGCCCAUUGUGCUCCCUGCCAUUCCCCGACGCCUUCUCUUUGCAGGAACACGUAGAGCUUCAUCUGGAGAACCAUACAGAUGCAGCCAGGGGAGCAGAGAGUUCAUCAGACCUAACACUAGCCAGACGGCUCCAGAAGGAGGAGGAAGAGCAGAGGAAGCUGCAGGAGGCUAAACGUGAGGCGGAGGAAUUCAAGAAGCUGCAGAAACAGUUUGGUAUGGACGGGAGUGGUGGUUAUCGUAAACAGAUUGAGCGGAACAUGGAGAGGGCGGUUUCCCGCGGCAACAUGGUCCCCGCAGAGUUCCACAUAAAACGGGCGGAGCUGAUGGAGAGCCUGGCCACUGGCGUGGAUGAUGGACAGAGUAGAACGCAAGGAUUGAUGGGGGCUUUGUUUGACUACUUUCGGCGGGACCCUCGGGACACGGUCCACGUGUGGCUCUGUGGAGAGACGGACCACUACUCCUCCUCCGAGGGGGACCGGGGCUGGGGCUGCGGCUACAGAAACUUCCAGAUGCUCCUGUCAUCCCUCCACAAGCAGGAGCCAUACAAUAACAUCUUAUCUGACGUCCCCGUCCCCAACAUCCCUCGAGUGCAGGCGCUGAUAGAAGAGGCCUGGAAGCAGGGCGUGGACCCAGCCGGGGCGGCCCACUUCAACCACCGCCUCCAGGGCACCCGGGCCUGGGUGGGCUCCACAGAGAUCUACUCUCUCUUCACCUCUCUCAGUGUCAAUGCUCGUGUGGUGGACUUCCACAAGCCCACAGGUCAGGGCGGGACACACCCGCGCCUGUUUGACUGGGUGAAGCAGUACUUCUCCCAGUCCAGCACACGAAACGGCAGACUACCUCCAAGGGUGGUGCAGACCUCGCUGCCCCCCAUCUACCUCCAACACCAAGGCCACAGCCGCUCCGUGGUGGGCCUGGAGCAGAAGAGGAACGGCAGCCUGUGCCUGCUGCUCUUUGACCCGGGCUGCCCCCCCUCUGACAUGGCCCGGCUGCUGGAGCGAGACGCGGCCGCCGCCACCGCCGCCACCGCCGCCGCCGUGCGCCGCAUGAGGAAGUUCCCCAACCACCUGAAGCACCAGCAGUACCAGGUGCUGGCGGUGGAGGGCCUGCUCACGCCAGAGCAGAAACAGAGGCAGAUUGUGAAUUCAAGGACGUUUCGUGCUGAUCGAAUCCCAUGAACAAAGCCCUGUUCUGUGUUUCCCAGAAAUGCUGUCUACUCAGGUUUUAAUGCAAAUGUUAUUGUAUUUUUAUUGUGUCUGAUUAAUAAUAAAUUAUGACCUUUCUUAUCAUC